AUGCUCGGUCUGCAGAAAUUUCUGUUUGUCCAUGUUCUGGCAUGCCUCGGACGACUUGCACAUGGAAGUGACAUCAUAGAUGGUGAAAAAGCCCCAGAGAGCUCGAUGCAGUACAUGGCCUCUGUGCAGAACAACGAGGGUCGACAUAUUUGUGGAGGAUUUCUCAUCAAGGAGUACUUUGUAGUCUCGGCUGCACACUGUGAUAACUACAACCCCACACACGUUGUUCUCGGCAACCACAAUCUCAAGAACGGCAAUCAUCAAAAAAUAAUGAUUGAAAAAAUGUUCAAGCCUAACUCUUAUCAAAACAUUGGACUUGGUGAUGACAUCAUGCUGAUUAAAUUGUCUAAGAAAGCUCAUCUAGGCCACAUGGUACAAAUAAUUCAGCUUCCACCUGCUGAAAUAUACCUUCAAGAAAACCAAGUGUGUCAGGUGGCUGGAUGGGGAAAAACUAAAACUGAUGAUGAUAAACCUGUUGACGAGCUGAUGGUGGUGGACGUGUCUGUCAUUGACAAACAAUUCUGUGAGGAACAAUGGUCUGGUCUUCCUGCUAAUGUUAUCUGUGCAGGUGGAUACAACACAACCAAAGGAUUCUGUCAGGGAGAUUCUGGUGGUCCUCUGGUGUGCAACGGGUUGGCUGUUGGUGUCAUUUCUUUCAACUAUGAAAAAAACUGCAAUUACCCCAAUAAACCCAACAUCUAUACGGACAUCUCAAAAUACCUUCAGUGGAUCAAUGGGAUUGUGAUAUCCAGAAAAUAUGAUGAAUAA